CAGUUUCUGGAAACUUCGCCUCAUUGUCAUAUUUAAAGCGGCGGCGCCGGCUGCCCGCCCCUGCGCGCCCAUCCGCCGGCAGCGGGACCGGGGCGGCGGUGCCGGCAGCAGGUUGGGCGGGGGGGCCUGUUCGCGGCGGUAGGGCGGCCAUGGCCGUGGUGGGCUUUGAUCUGGGCUUCCAGAGCUGCUACAUUGCAGUGGCGCGGGCCGGCGGCAUCGAGACGGUGGCCAACGAGUUCAGCGACCGCUGCACGCCGUCGGUGGUCUCGUUCGGCUCCAAAAACAGAGCUAUCGGCGUCUCGGCCAAAAACCAGCAAAUCACUCAUGCCCACAACACAGUAUCUAACUUCAAGAGGUUCCAUGGCCGUGCAUUUAAUGAUCCGUUUGUUCAGAAGGAAAAGGAAAAGUUGAGUUAUGAUUUGGUUCCUAUGAAGAAUGGUGGAGUUGGAGUAAAGGUCAUGUACAUGGAUGAGGAGCACAUCUUCAGUGUGGAGCAGAUUUCAGCGAUGUUGUUAACAAAAUUAAAGGAGACUGCAGAGAGUAACCUGAAAAAGCCAGUAACAGACUGUGUUAUUUCUGUUCCAUCAUUUUUCACUGAUGCUGAAAGGAGGUCAGUUCUGGACGCAGCUCAGAUUGUUGGAUUAAACUGUCUUAGAUUAAUGAAUGACAUGACAGCUGUGGCUCUGAAUUAUGGAAUUUAUAAACAAGACCUUCCAGCUCCUGAAGAGAAGCCACGAAUAGUCAUAUUUGUUGAUAUGGGACAUUCUGCAUUUCAAGUAUCUGCCUGCGCGUUCAACAAGAGUAAACUAAAGGUACUGGGCACAGCAUUUGACCCUUUCCUAGGUGGAAGGAACUUUGAUGGAAAGUUAGUAGACUACUUUUGUGCAGAAAUAAAAGCAAAGUACAAACUGGAUCCAAAAUCAAAAGUUCGAGCUCUUCUUCGUCUGUAUCAGGAGUGUGAGAAGCUGAAGAAACUAAUGAGUUCAAAUAGCACGGACAUUCCCCUAAACAUUGAGUGUUUCAUGAACGACACUGAUGUAUCUGGAAAAAUGAACAGAUCCCAGUUUGAAGAAUUGUGUGCUGACCUGCUGCAAAGGAUAGAGAUGCCUCUGCUUUCAUUAAUGGAACAAACACAACUGAAAGUGGAAGAUGUGACUGCUGUAGAGAUUGUUGGAGGAGCAACCCGCAUUCCUGCUGUCAAAGAGAAGAUUGCUAAAUUCUUUGGCAAAGAUGUCAGUACAACACUGAAUGCAGAUGAAGCCAUAGCUAGAGGCUGUGCUCUGCAGUGUGCAAUUCUUUCUCCAGCUUUUAAAGUGAGAGAAUUCUCUGUGACAGAUGCUACACCAUUCCCAAUCUCUCUGUUGUGGAACACUGAAGCAGAGGACACCGAAGGGGUUCAUGAGGUAUUCAGCAGAAAUCAUGCAGCACCUUUCUCCAAAGUUCUUACCUUCUAUAGGAAAGGUCCAUUUGAGUUAGAAGCUUUUUAUUCUGAUCCUAAUGGUGUCCCAUAUCCAGAGUCAAAAAUUGGUAGGUAUGUUAUCCAGAAUGUGGCAGCUCAGAAAGAUGGAGAGAAGUCUAAAGUUAAAGUGAAAGUCCGUGUCAAUACUCAUGGCAUUUUCAGCGUGUCCACUGCAUCCAUGGUAGAACCAGUUAAAAGUGAAGAUAGUGAGGAUGUCGGUGUUGAGACUGAAUUGGAAACUCAGGACCAGAUGCCUGCUGAAAAUUCAAGUGAUAAAAAUAACCAGCAAGAGAACAGUGAGGCUGGAACACAGUCCCAGGUACAAACUGAUGGUCAGCAAACGUCACAGUCUCCCCCUUCAUCAGAACCUCCCUCUGAAGAAAACAAAAUCCCAGAUGUCAAGAAAACAAGUGAAAAGAAAGGCGAUCAGCCUCCAGAAGCUAAAAAACCCAAGAUAAAAGUGAAGAAUGUGGAACUGCCUAUUGAAGCUAACUUGGUUUGGCAGUUAGGAAAAGAUCUCCUCAAUAUGUAUAUUGAAACAGAGGGUAAGAUGAUUAUGCAAGACAAACUGGAAAAAGAAAGAAAUGAUGCAAAGAAUGCAGUGGAAGAAUAUGUGUAUGAGUUCAGGGACAAAUUGUCGGGACCAUAUGAGAAAUUUGUUUGUGAAAAGGAUCUGCAAGGCUUCUCUGCACUCCUAACAGAGACAGAAGGCUGGCUGUAUGAAGAGGGCGAGGACGAAGCUAAGCAGGUGUAUGUAGACAAACUGGAGGAUUUAAAGAAAUUAGGUACUCCGAUUGAAAUGCGCUAUCAAGAAGCAGAGGAGCGACCAAAGCUAUUAGAAGAACUGGGACACAGGCUUCAGUAUUAUGCUGCAAUAGCUGGGGAAUUCAGGAAUAAAGAUGAAAAAUACAUCCAUAUUGAUGAAAUGGAAAUGAUGAAGGUAGAGAAGUGUGUGAGCGAAGUGAUAGAGUGGAUGAACAAUGCUGUGAGUGCACAGGCUAAGAAGAGCUUAGAUCAGGAUCCUGCUGUGCGUUCCUUUGAAAUUAAGGCAAAGCUUCAAGAGUUGAACAAUAUCUGUGAGCCCAUUGUGACACAACCAAAACCAAAAGUUGACUCUCCUAAGGAAGAAAACCCAUUAAAUGAACAGGGCGAUUAUAAAACUGAAGACAUGGGAGAAGAUGACAAAAACUCAGACAUGCCUCAGCAAAAUGGUGAAUGUCAUCCAGGUGAUCAAAACACUGUUAACAUGGACUUGGACUAAAACCACUACACUUGCAGCAAGUUAUUUCAUCCCAUGACAGAAGAUAUUUUUGCUGUCAUACAUGAUCACGGGAUUGGGAAUGCAUUGUUUUGGGAACUAUUUAUAUUUUUUCUUAAAACUUGUCUGGAAUAUGUUGUGUUAUGGGAGGAAAGAAUAGUAAUAGUGUUGGUCAUGACUAUCCUAAAAGGAAAAUUGCCUUGGUAACUUUCAGAUUCCUGUGGAAUUGUGAGUUCAUACUAAGCUUCUGUGCAGUAUUUAACCAUUUGCAUCACUAAAGAUGAAGAGAAGCACUUGCUCUGAAAUAUACUGCUCCUUCAAAAGGUUGUAUUUGAGACCUUCGUAGGCAUUUGUAGAUGCCAAGGUAGUUUUCUUUCAUCUGGACAUCUGAUUGGGUAUGUCAGUAAAAGCCAGUGUCUGUCCCGUUUGUAAGGACUUUGCAGAAUAAAUUUUUCUGUUCGAAGGCUUUUGAUUAUUGCAGUCCAAAGCAUUUAUCAGAUAAUAAGAUGAUGGAAUGUGUUAGUAGCAUGCAGAAACGCUUACGUUUCGUCUCUUGCUAAACAAUACAUUUUUCAUGUGGGGUGCUUAAAAUGAAGGAAAUGCUAUUUCUGUUAGUGUUAUUGUGAAGCCUUUUAAUGGGCUUUAAAAUAAAGUUCAUUUUACUGGUAUUUCCUGACUUGUGGGAUUUAGCUGUUUUUUGGUACUUGUGACAUGUUGUCCUUUCCACUAUUGUUGACAGGUAAUGAAGGCUGUGACUUUGUUCCUGCACAUGUUAUAAAAAAAGAAGUUAACACUUAGUGUAGAAAUGGCAUGGCUUAGUGAUGGCACUUGUGGGGUUGUUUUGGCAUUGGACUUCCUGAAAUUGAAAGUCUUUUCCAGCCUAAAUGGCUCUGUGUUCUUGGGAACAGUUAUGCAGGGAGUUGAAAGCAUUACCCGAUAAGCAUAGGUUAAAACCUGUAAUCACAGAUUCGCAGAGGAUCCUGCUUUAGACAAAAACCGUAUUAGGGAAUGAGGCACCUGAAGUUGGGAGGUAAGGGUUUUUAUUUUUGGAAUCGUAUUCCAAAAGAUGCUACUUGUAUUGGUGUAUUGGAGCAGACACCAUGUGUAAGUACAUGAGACUGGAUGCUGAAAGGUCAGUGUCACUAAUCAUGUAGUUUCUGAAAAGUUUGUGUAGCAGGAGCAUUUUAUCUGCAGCAACAGAACUAAAGGAGGAAGGGAUGUCUGUUCUUCCACUGGAGCUACUGAAGGGGGGAAUACAAGCACAGGACAUGACUGGUACUUUCUAGAGCCAGCCAAUCUUGCUCAUGUCUAGUGUUUUUCUUGUAGUGAGGAUUGUUAGCUGGACCCUAGGACUAAUCACAGCCAGGAACAGGAGCAAUACUGCAGUUUCACCUGGUAGUGACCAAUUUUCAGCACAAAUAAGCAACUGCAUUAUCAAAACGCUGGUCCCUGUUACAGCCUUCUCUUAUCUGCAUGUGCUUUACCUAUAAGGAUCUGCUGGAUGAUUGUGUACAGUAGGCAGCUUAGGUAGUAGAAUGCUUAGAUUCUUCCCCAUCCUUUUGCUACAACUAAAGAAAAAUGUAGUCAGAUUUCAAAAUCCAGCUUUAAGUGUGGAAGAUGAAGUGUGUUGCUGAUGCUAGUAAUGGUAGCAUCAAGGGUUAACAGGCUCCUGCCUGCUAGUUCAUUACUUGCUGAAAUGGAAAGUGUUGCUCUGGCAGCAUUAAGAUACCAGAACUUUCAUUGCAAAACCAGUAGGAUGCCACAGCAGGAAACAGCCUGAUCAGAGAAAUGCUUUGUGAAGGCAUUUUAAAUAGAAUUCUGUCAGAACACUGAGUCCUGGAUCUACAAAAAGCAGCUUUGCUGGCCCUGGAGUGAAUUAUCAUGCGUUCUGUUACCUCUAGAGAAGGUACUGCUCUAUUUUUCUUCUAAUGAACCUUCAUAAAAGGAGUCUGUACUGAGAACAGACAAAUGUGUUUUUUCACAGAUUUCUGGAACAUGUUUCAUAGCAGCUAAUAGCAGCUGAUCCCUAAUGAUUAAAAUGGCUUAUUUAAAUACUUGCUGUUUCUGCUUUAGUCUGAAGUAGGAAAAAAAAAAAAA